CACUAAAGGCAAAAAAAAUGGUGAUGGAACAAGCAUUACUGAAAUCUUUCUUUGUACUAUUCACUUUGCAAUCGUGCGUCAGUGCUUAUAACCAUUUCUCGGAGAAAAAGGAUAAAUGUGAACCACUGAAAUACAAACCUUGUCUUCGAAUGAACUAUAAUCGAACCUUAUUUCCUAACUACAUGGGAAAUCGAAAGCAAUCCGAAGCAGAAAUGGACGCAAACGCUUUACUACCGCUUACCGAAAUGGGAUGUUCAUCCGAUGUUUUGUAUUUUAUGUGCUCCAUCUAUUAUCCUGUGUGUAACUCUCUAGGACGAAUAAUCCCACCCUGUCGGCAAUUGUGUGAGAACGUUCACUCUGGUUGUUCAAAAAUCAUAAAACGGCUUGGUUUCCAAUGGCCAGAUAAAUUGAAAUGUGAUCAAUUUCCCAGAAUAAAAACUGACAUUUGCGUUUUUCCUAACGAAACUGCCAUUUUAGAACCAACGACGUCCAUUUUAUCAACUACGUCAUUGGUUGUGCCUUCGAUCAAAAGCAGGUCGAAACCACUCAAGAAAGCUAUCAAAAGAUUUUGCCCAAAAAAGGCAAACGCGAAAAAAUCAAAAUCAAAAACAAUAAAAGAUUGUUGCAAAUGUUGUCGACGUGGACUUCGGGCAUUGAAGAAUGGCGUUGAAAAAUGUACCCUUCGUCGAUUGUAUGGCAAAGGCAAAAGUUUCUUUCGAAAACACUGAGAGAAUGCACGUCGAGAAGGAGCAAACGCUGUUACUUGAGCUGCUGCAAUGUGAAAAGAAAACACGUAUCGAAAAAAGGAAAGAAGAAAAACAGAAAAAGCCAGAGUAGAAGAGAAAAGAAGAAAAAUGGCAAAAAGAGACUCGUUGGUUAGAUGAAAUUAAACAUUUUUUUUAUUCACUUUUACUCCAUCUGUUAUGAACUGCACGGAAAACAUAUCCAAGAAAUUUAAAGAGAUCUCUGAAUACUGCAUGAAUAAAGUUUCUUUCGUUGCUGUUUUAUAUAUGUGUAGAAUGCUUCAAAGAAGGUAGCUACUACAAGUGUUUUUCCAUAUUUUAGAGAUUGACAACUAUUAUCAUUCAAAUUACAUGUAGACAAACCUUUAAUCUUUUAGUUUUCAGAGAUAUUUGACCUUGUACAGUUGGUUUCACUAGACACUAGGCUCUAAUAUUACAAUCUUUCCCUUGCCGUAAAUUUAUCUAACUGUCUCGUUCAUUACUCUACCUAGAAGAAAUGGCUAGAAUCUUAGAUCAUCUGAACUUCAUAAAACUAACAAUCUUCACAGUUUGCUAUAUGAAAGAAAACGAAGAAGUUUCUUUCAAUUAUAUUCGCUUUCCAACUCUGUGAAUUGAUUUCAUUUCACUGACUUCAGUUUUAUUGUAUAACUGACAGAUAUUCUAAAUUCUUGUCUGUGUUUGCAUUUUGCAGUGCUUGAAAAGUUCUUGUUUAACUCGAUACAUUUAAUUAUUAAUUUAUGCACAUACAUGCGAAGCAACAGCGAUUAUUCACAUCUUAUUUAUAGUGUUGUUUAUUUCAUUAACUGACAUGGUUGGUUGCUGAGCAUCAUAAUCAACUUUCUACAAGUGUUGACUGUGUUGCUUAAACUGGUAGAGUUCUAAGAUUAUCCUCUAGGUCGUGUGUACAGUAUAUUUAAUGAAUUGUGUAGUUAAACACAAACUUAAAACGGUUUUUUGAUUGUUGGAAAUAGCCAAAGUAUCUUGGCCUUGAUCUCUUUGAUGUUUUACGAACAGCCGUGAUAAAGGCGGUCACAAGUCAUUUGCUUUGAACAAAACUCAGGCAACGAACUGUUUAUAUGCUUAUUAAAAAUAGAAACGCAUCAGUCACAAGUCGUUGAAAUCCUGCUCUUAGGGUGUCAAGUGUCUAAUUGUACAUACACUGAGUAUUGCUGGUUUUUCAAAAGAAACUGCGUUUCUGGAGACUUACGUUGCGAAGAUCGAGAAUUUGAAUAAUGGCUAAGCGUCUGGGAAUUAUCGUAUUAGCUGUAAUUGUUGUCGCUCUUUCUGUCCAUGCAAAGUCGACCAUGAAAGCAAACAAGAAAUGCUUCCGAUCCAAAUGCCAAGCAAAUGUUGAAAAUCGCAAAUGUUGUCAUAUUGGUGAAAAACUGGCAAAACGAAAUUAUUUAUGCUCUGUCGAUGGUGUUUUGGCAGCGCAAAAAUAUCUUCUGAAAUUGAAACACAAGAUUUACUCCAAAACCAGUUUGCCGAAGAAUCGUUUGUUUCGGAAGACCAAGGCCUGUAAGCGUUAUGAAGACUGUUUACAGUGCUGUUGUCUUGAACGUAAACUGCGCCAGGCGAGAAAAACUAAGUUUAAUGGUUACUUAGGUUAGUUUUCGAAAUCAUUGUUAUACUUGGCAAAGAUGUAUUCUCGGAAGCUUUUAACUGUGUUUUAUUUGUAUACCUAACUAUCCUCGAUUAGACGCAAGUGGAAAAUAAGUAACAGUUUUGAAUGCCAACAAACUCUGACGGCAUAUAGCGAACAGCAAACCAGAUUCUAAUCACAUAGUAUAAAAAUUCCUUUUAUCAUUCAUUUGUGUUUGUUAUUCAGUAGUUUCAAAAUACAUCAGAUGUAUUCAUUGUGUUCAACAUCACUGUA